AUUUUAUUAAUUCCCCACAUAAAUCAUUCUAGCUUGCAUACAAAGACAAACAAGAACCUAAAUAUAACCCCCUAAUAAUAGCCUCCCUAUUCAUAUCUAGGCUACUAUUUGGUCUAUGAAACAUAAGAAAUAUCUAAAUUACAUACAAACAAAAAAAUUUGAGUUUAAGAAGAAAUGAGAAAUCAUAUAGAGAGAUUAGUAGUUCUUCCUUUUUCUUUCAAGUGUGCUUCACAUUCAAGUGUGGAAUUAGGUGGAUCAAAAAUAGAUUCAAAUGAGUCAAUUGUUUCAAGAAGACGAGAAGGACAAGUGAUCACAACCAAAAUCAAAAGAAAAAGGUCUUCUGGAUUUUUUGUUCUACCAAAGCCUAAUGUAGCUAAAGGCAUACAACGAUUGAUCAAGGGUAUCAAGAGUUUAUCUCAAUUAUUUUUUUAUAAAGAGAAUAUUGAAGAGAUGGAGGCUGAUAUGGAAAUCGGAUAUCCAACGGAUGUGAAGCACGUAACACAUAUUGGUUUUGAUGGGUCAACCACCACAAAUAAUGUUAAGGGUUGGGACAAUCUUAAGCCACCUGAAUUACUCUCUUUAUCUCCAAUUACAUUUAAGCAAUUUGAAUUGGCCAUGGCUACCCAAACUCACCAACCACUCAUUCAUGAUUCUUCCCCCAAAAUGUGAUUAAAAUACUUGUGGGACUCAUUAUUGUUGGCAUAUUAAUUCUCUUCUAAUUGUAGAUUAAUGAUCAUAUGGUUGAUAACGAUGUAUCUAGAAAUUCACAUGGUGCACAAAAUGGAAAUUGAUGAAUAUUUGUUACCUUUGACAUCUUAGUUUUGGGAAUUUGAAUUAACAAUAGUGAUUUCAAUAA